AUGGAGAGUGGCUGCUCCCCCUUUCUUCUGUACACAGCUUUCCUGCUCUCCUGGGUCUCCUCCAGUAGCUCUAAAAAGCUCAACUUUGGGCCCUGCACGGUCUCUGUGGAUAUGUAUGAAAUACGCAAGGGAUUUGGAGACAUCAAAGAAAUGACAUCUGAAGACACAUGUUGCUUCUUUCAUAACUUGCUCAAAUUCUACUUGGUGAAAGUCUUCAAUCAAUGUAGGGAAGGAAACAAUUUUCACCAAAGGAGAGUCAGCCGGAUUGCCAACAAUUUCCUCAGCAUCAAGAAGGAGUUAACACUUUCUAAUACCGUCACAACAUGUCCCUGUGAGAAGGAAGCCAAUUACAGAUAUGAACAAAUCCUGAAUCAAUUUCAGCAGAUGGAAUCUCAUCCUGCAGCAUUGAAAGCACUUGGGGAGCUUGACAUCUUGCUGGACUGGAUGGACAAGACUGACUAG